AUGACGUUGAUGGGACACAAUGAAUCUGACUCAGAUGUUCAUGUCCUCCAGAAGAGACGAGGCUGUGAGGUUGAGGUACUGCCCAGUGGUAAUGGAACAUUUCUCAGAGUUGUUGAUGAGUACGGCUAUGAUGGAGAGAAUUUCAUUUCCUUUAAUAUUUCCACUAUGGAGUGGGAAACCUCAGUCGACUGGGGUGAAGAUCUUAUAAAAAUUUUGGAUGAUCUCCAAGGUUUGAGGCAGUACAUAAAGGAUAUCCUUACGCGCUAUUGUGUGGACAAGAUUAAUGAGUUUGGACUCUAUCAGACUGAAUACCUUAGGAAUAAAUCUGUACCAGAUGUGUUUGUGUUUGCAAAGAGAUCUCCUACUCCAACCACAGUGGUCCUGACCUGUUGGGCCGCUGGUUUUUAUCUCAGAGAUGUGUCAGUGAUUAUCAGAAGGAAUGGUUUUCCAGUGCCUGAGACAAAUAGGAUAUCUUCAGAAGUCAGACCAAACGGUGAUGGAACCUACCAGCUGUGGAAGAGUGUGGAGAUCCCUGAGUCUGAGAAAGCAGAUUAUGACUGUUAUGUGAACUACAGGAUCCUGAAAGAACCAAUAAUUGCCCAAUGGGUUACGUGUCUACUGAAGGAUUAA